CAUUUCUCUCUCCCACUCCCCCAUUACGUCUCUUGCUCAGACCCUGUGCGUGUGUGAGAGAGAUUCUCGUCUUCCACUUCCACCCCCCAAAUAUCGUGUGCGCCUUUUUUUUGCUGCUCAUGUUGGCUUCGUGCGGGAGGAAGGGGUUAUGCCAGCGGCAGCGGGGAUCAAAACCCUAGAGGAGGCGGCCUUCUGAUGCGAAGCUAGGGGGCGCAGCCCGGCUGCUUGAGUCAGUGAGGUUUUAUAGAGGCGUAAAAGUGAAACAAGGACCUUCCAGUUGAUACCAGAUAUGGCUGAGAUUGCUGAUGAAGAUAGUUCUGGGGUUUUAUAGAGGCGUAAAAGUGAAACAAGGACCUUCCAGUUGAUACCAGAUAUGGCUGAGAUUGCUGAUGAAGAUAGUUCCACCGGCAUUGAUUUGAUUUGUGCCUUGUGUGAUAAUGGUGGCGAAAUCGCAAGCUGUGAAGGCAAGUGCCUGCGGUCAUUUCAUGCAACAAAAGAUGCUAGUGAAGACUGCAAAACAUUGGGCUAUACUAGGAAUCAGUUUGAUGCGAUGAAAGUUUUUCUGUGCAAGAAUUGUGAACAUGAAAGAUAUCAAUGUUUUGCCUGUCACAGGUUGAGUUCAGCGAAAACAAAUCCUCCUGAGGUAUUUCCUUGUGCCUCAACAAGUUGUGGGCACUUUUAUCAUGCUAAAUGUGUUGCACAAUUGCUCUUCCCUGAAAAUGAAGCAAAAGCAACUGAGUACACGGCAAGGAUAAUCAAUGGGGCGAAAUUUGCAUGCCCAGUCCACAAAUGUGAUGUUUGUAAAUAUGGUGAAAACAAGGAGGUUAAGGAGCUGCAAUUUGCUGUUUGCCGACGGUGCCCAAAGUCAUAUCAUCGAAGAUGUCUGCCAAGGAAAAUUGUCUUUGAUGACGUAAUUGAGAAUGGUGUGUGCCUUUUCCAAAGGGCAUGGGACGGUCUUCUGCCAAAGAAUCGCAUCUUAAUAUAUUGCCUCAAGCACAAUAUUGAUCCAAAACUUCGAACUCCUCUAAGAGAUCAUAUUAAGUUCCCUGAUGAUCCUAUCACUAAAAAAUCAUCCAAUGUGAAUGGAUUGAGAAGGGUUAAGAUACGACGCCUUGAUGACUGCCUCCCUGUCCCAUCAUCCAGUAGCAAAAGACCCCUCGGUACAUCAACUUGUUCUUCCUCCAUCAAUUCGAUAGCGAAAAGGAAGAAAGAACAUCUGCCUGGAGGUACAAAACAUCCCAGUAUGCAAAAAUCAGUCAUGUCAGUGAUCCCCAUUAGCACAUUCCCUGAGGUUGACAUAAACACGGCGACGAGGAUUUAUGACUUUGCACAGAAAGCAUCAUCAAAUAUAACUAUUGAGGAUGUACAGAAACAGCUAGUGGUUUCGUCUACGUACACGUCAUUUAUGAAGAAUACUGAUAAAGUUACAUUGGGAAAGGUGGAAAGAUCUGUCGAGGCUGUUAAGACUGCGGUUCAUAUGUUAGAAAGUGGUGCGGAUAUUGAAGAGGCCAAAGAUGUAUGCUCACCAUAUGACCUUUUCCAACUUGCAAAAUGGAAGAACAAACUGAAUAUAUAUCUUGCCCCGUUUCUUCAUGGCACGCGCUAUACAUCUUAUGGGCGGCAUUUCACAAAACUGGACAAGCUCGAGAAGAUUGUAGAUAAGUUACAAUGGUAUGUUCAAAGUGGUGAUAUGGUCGUUGACUUCUGCUGUGGUUCAAAUGAUUUUAGCACAUUAUUGAAGGAAAAGCUUGAAGCUUCUGAAAAGAAUUGCUUCUAUAAAAAUUAUGAUCUCAUCCAGCCAAAGAAUGAUUUCAAUUUUGAGAGGCGAGACUGGAUGACUGUUCAACCAGAUGAAUUGCCAGCCGGAUCCCGAUUGAUCAUGGGCCUGAAUCCCCCUUUUGGGUUUAAAGCUUCGCUUGCAAACCAGUUCAUCAACAAAGCCCUAAGUUUCAAGCCAAAGCUGAUAAUUCUUAUUGUUCCCAAGGAAACAGAAAGGUUGGAUAAAAAAUACCCACCUUAUGAGCUAAUAUGGGAGGAUUCUAAUCAGCUUGCAGGAAAGUCGUUCUAUUUGCCUGGAUCGUUUGAUGCUGAUAAUAAGCAGAUGGAUCAGUGGAAUCUAUCACCUCCUCCUCUUUCUCUGUGGAGCCGUAGUGAUUUUGCUCAGAAACAUAAUGAGAUUGCUAAAUCAAAGGGGCACCUCUGCAGCAGAAGACCGUGCUAUAAUGAUUCACAAAGGGACAUCGCAGGCAAUGCAUAUAUGAGCACUAGUGGCGAUUUGGAAAUGGGCAGUAGUGAGGGCGAGGCGUGCAUCCCUGAUGAAGAAAUGCAAGGAGAGCGACAAGCAGAAGCCUCCGUGAUAGACCAGUUGUUGGCUGACACAUAUCAUGAUACCACUAGUUCUCCAGGUGACUACUGGACUGAUACCAAUGGCCGAUCAGGGCAACCUCGCAACUAUGAUACUCCAGGUGGAAAUGACCCUCCAACCCAUGAGUAUUUUGCAGUCAGGGCAGCUGAAUCUGACAUGAGCAUUUCGUUGUCAGGCAGAAGUGCUUCCCGGAAUCAAAACCAAACUGUGUCAACCUCUGAUCAUGAGCCUACCAAUGAUCAUAUUGCUAGUGUAUCUGCCGAGCAACCAACCGAUCCUGCUGAUUGUGACGAGGUAACAUCAGCUGAUGCCCAGCAUGGGCUGGGAGACCCACCGUCUGCACCAGAAAAUGCAGCUGGAGUUCAAUACCGAAUCCUGGAGGACUCCCCACCUGAGGAAGGACAGCGAAUCCUGGAAGACUCCCCACCCGAGGAAGGACAGCUGACACCUGAGGAAGCACAGCUGAAUGAUUUGUCGUCUACAGAUGGAAAUGCAGCUGGUGUGCAGAUGCUGGAGGAGUCGCCACUUGAAGCGGAUGCUCCAGUGGCUGCAGCGAAUCUGCCACUAGCGCAUACCUUCCCGGGGCUGCAGUUUGCAAGUGCUCCCACGUGGCCUGGAUGCUAUGCCGCCCGUGAAGUUCUGUCUCGAGGCAUGGGCUACCCGACCUUCCAUCAGGGAGCCUCCUACAACUUGCUUGAGAAGUAACAUUAACCAAGCAAGCAAAGUUGAUGCCAUCUUUUGUUAGCAAUGACCGGUUGACUGUCUUGCUUUUAACCUGGCCAGGACGUCGAGAAAGAAAGGGAAACCAGCGACACCAAGUAGCUGCCUAUGUGCCUCGGCUUAUCUUACAGGUGUGAGCUUGUUUAUCUUCUGCGGCCAGCUUUAAAGUGCUGAGGUUGUGUGUGCACCUGCACUAAUUUUGUACUAAAACUGUAUCAAGAGUCAUUGUGAUGAUGCUUGUUGACAUCGUGUUUGUUUGGCGUUGUGGCUGCUUUUUGCUAAGCCCAAAUUUUGGCCAGAGAGCAUACUUUCGUCGAAUUUAGCUGUCA